AUGAGAGGUGGCUUUGUGAGAGGGGGAGCUGCUAGACCGCAUGGGCCAAGGCUGAGCGCAAGAUCGGAAGGAGAGCUGCUACACAGGUCUUCGAAGAAGGUGAGAAAGAUAGUAGAAGAUGAAGAAUUUACGGGAAAUUCUACACCAGUAGCCAGAAAAGAAGAUUGGAUGGAAGAAGAAAGGGGUACUGAAGGAGCAGAAGCAGACAUACAUGUAAUCGGAGUGAUGAGAACAAACAAUGAAGAAAACAGCAAGAGAUCCUUUGCCCAAGCUGUCAGGGCAGGAAAAGCACAACAAGGGGGAAAUGGAAAGGAAGUAGAGAAGGAGUCUCAGGAGGACAAAAUGGAAGAAGAAAGUGCUGAGGAGAGUGAUGAAGAGCAGGAAAUCAGCAUUGAAAAAACUGAAAAUGGGGUAUACAAUCUGGUGAUUAGCGAAUCUUUGAAAAAAGAAAUAUGCAAAGAAUGGUGGGAAUCAAUCAUAGUUAAGCUCCUGGGAAGGAGAAUUUCUCUUGUGGCGCUCAAAAGAAGACUAGAGACAAUGUGGGGGAAGAACGGCAGCAUUGACGUUAUCGAUCUCGGAAAUGAUUUCUUCCUUGUGAAAUUCUAUAAUAUGGAAGAUUUGGAUUUUGCACUCAUGGAGGGGCCCUGGAAAAUUCUUGACCACUACUUAACCAUUAGAUGGUGGAAACCAGAAUUCAACCCCCUCACAGCAACAAUAGAUACACUGGCAACUUGGAUUCGUCUCCCAGGCCUUGCGAUAGAGUAUUACAAUAGAACAAUAUUGGAGAAGAUUGGCAACAUUAUUGGGAGGACCAUGAAGAUUGACAUGACAACAGAAAACAUCUCCAGAGGUAAAUAUGCUAGAAUUUGCGUGGAGAUAGAUUUAAGCAAAUCCCUGGUGUCCCAAUACCAAAUCAAUGGUGUCACUCAUCUAGUAGAAUACGAAGGCCUCCAUAUGGUGUGUUUCAAUUGCGGCUGCUUUGGACAUGAAAAAUUCUCAUGCCCAAGCUUAAAGUCACAAGAAAAACCAGAUGCCAGUAACAAUAAUGAAGAAAAGGGAGACGAAAAGGCAGGGACAGAGGAAGAAGACGGGGGCAAAAUUGGAAAAGGGGAGUUAAGUAAGGGCAAAGGCGUAAUUGUAGAGGAGAAUAACGGAUUUGGCCCUUGGAUGCUAGUACAAAGGACAAGGGGGAAGAAAUUAGUGAAAAAUGGAGAGGGAACCAGUAACGGUCAAAAAGGAAAAGAAAAAGCUAUGUCGUACGAGGAGCACACCUCUCGCUUUGCAGCUCUGCAGUAUGAGGUAGUGGAGGGAGACAAGGAGCAAAAUGAGGUUGUGGUGAUAUCACAGAAGGAGGAGAGCGAUAAGACAAAUCCAGCUGGAAGCAAGGCAACCACCGAAAAAGACAAAAGAAAUAAAGGAGCUCUGGAGAGGAAUACUCCUGCAAAACUAAAAGACCUAAUCCCACAAGAAAAUAACCAGACCUACAAAAAUAGCCCAAAACCAGGACAGACAAAUAGCAAAACACAAGAAACUCAAAACCAAAACAACCCAACUCUUGCCACUACAACAGCCCAAACCUUGAGAAAAGAAAGAACCUAA